AUGAGCAAUACUGUGGAUCCACGUCGCAAGGAGAAAAUCAAUCGCUACAAGGCGCCCAAGAACCAGGGCCAAGGCGGCGGCGCCAACGAGGACAUGAUGCCGGACUACAUGAAUAUCUUGGGAAUGAUUUUCUCAAUGUGCGGGCUGAUGAUGAAGCUGAAAUGGUGCGCCUGGUUCGCACUGUACUGCUCCUGCAUUAGCUUUGCCAGCUCCAAGGCCAGCGACGAUGCCAAGCAAGUUCUUUCUUCCUUCAUGCUGAGCGUCAGCGCUGUGGUCAUGUCCUACCUACAGAAUCCGGCUGCCAUGACUCCCCCGUGGGCCUCUUAGCAGUGAGAAAGGCCAAAGCCACAGCAUUUUGUUCUAGUUUAAAUAAAUGUCAAUUUUUAUUGCGAUCCAAGAGGGGAUAAAGAAAUAUAAUAUACUAUAA